GUCCAGGACCCUAGACUGGAAUUUGGGGAAUUUUGGGUAUGUACGAAUACGUAUUCCAACCUGGAAGCUCAAAAAUACCUGGUAGCCACACAGAAAAUAAGAAUAGAAAAAAAAAAAAAAAAGAGGGACCGACGGCGGGAAGGAAAGAGGGAACCGACCAAAGGGAAGCACGAAGAAGGAAGCAGUGACGCACCGACGCACCGACCACCGCUUUCCUCAGCUGGUCCAGGCUCCAUCUUCCCUCCACCCCCUCCGUCUCCUCUGCUCUGCACUGGACACUUCCAUGCACACUGGACCAGCCACUCGAGUCCCCGCCGCCGCAUCACUUCAACUUCUUGCGCAUUCUGGCCAGCUUUCCCCAAAGUCAACCCAGCAACUGCAUCUCCGAGAAACUUCUCACACGACACAAAAACCACCAGCUUACCGUCGCAGCUUUCUCCUCAACUACGACAUCGCUACAGAGUACCAAUUUCGACUGCUGCAUCGAAUAUUCCACACACAUCUGUUCUGCCCUUGAGAGCCGCCGCACUCAGAACGCAUCACGAUGGCUCCCCCUCCGCCUGCCAACGUCCCUUUGACCCAGAGGCUUUUGCUUCUGGCCCAGACCCUGCAAUGUAUGCUGAUUCCCGUCUUUUCGCCUGCAUGUCUCUGUCGCUACAAACAGCUGCUAACAUCUCCAUCAACAGUCGCUUGGUUCGCCGGGUAUGUACAGACCAUCCUGAUAUGACGCCCUGCUCCCUCCCUGCAACCCGACGCCCCGAGAUACGCACGCGGAGAUGCCCGAUGGGCUCACAGUCGACGAAAUCAACCUCUAAUCUGCAAACGUUGGCUGAUAACUCUUGCUGCAGACACUUGUCCCUGAUUUUUGCCGUUAUCCGUUAUGGCUUCUCCUACAUUUCCUUCAACUACUACAGCCGGAUCGCCCGCUUCAGCUACAGACUCACAUUCCUGUCUGCUGCCCUGACCUACGGCAUUGUCGUCUACAAGACUCUCCGCGCACGCAGUAAGGCUGGAGCCAAGGCUCCCCAGAGCCCUCUGGCCCUGAUCGCCGACGAGAAUGUUCAGUAUCUUGUCAUGUCCCUGGUGUGGCUUCUGUCCCCCCAGUACCCCCUGGCCAUGCUCCCUUACGCCAUCUACUCGAUCUUCCACGUCGCAACUUACACCCGCGCCAACGUGAUCCCCACCAUCACUCCUCCCAAGCCCAUCACGCCUGCUGCUGGUGCUUCCCCUAGCGGCAAGGCCCAGUACGCGAACAACCCGAUCGCCGACAAGAUUGGCGCUUUCGUCAAGGAGUACUACGAUGCCUCCAUGUCUGUCGUGUCCUCGCUCGAGAUUCUUCUCUGGGUUCGCCUUCUCCUCUCUGCCAUUACCUUCCAGCGCCGCUCCUGGAUCUUGAUUGCCAUCUACACUGCUUUCCUUCGUGCUCGCUUCACCCAGAGCACCCACGUCCAGAACUCGCUCGCCCUUCUCGAGUCCCGUGUCGACUCCGCUGUCGGCAACCAGGGCACUCCCCCUGCCGCCCGCCAGGCUUGGGAGACCGUCAAGGGAGGCGCUCGCCAGUUCUACGCCUACACUGACCCCAACCGCUACCUCAGCGGCACCGCCGUCCCCAAGAAGACUUCGUAAAGCUUUGGCGAAACAAGCGAAACGAUUAAAAGUCACGAGUACCUUCAAGGGUGCAAUGACAAAAGCCUUUUUCGAGAUGAGGCUGAUUGUCUAGCGGCUCCGCCGUUGCGAAGAGCCAGGUUGCAAGCCAACCAGGAUGACAAUAUUUCUCGACAGGGGACGAUUACGCAAAGAGGUUUAUAACGAGAGUAUACGGUCGCAAAGGAAAAGAAAUGAGCGGGAGGGUUCAUGGCCGGCCAAGGUUCACAUGGUGUUUCGCCGGUAAUUCAGGUUAUUAUAGUGUAGGCGAGUUUGGGGCCUGGUGGUUUACCUGGUUGCUCUCUGCAUCACACGAUGAUUUCAGGUUUCCCGUUUGCUCACUGGCUCCGGCCUUUGUUUGUUAGUUUUGAUUGAGCAGUAAAUCCAAAUUCGCAUGACUACACAAUUA